CAAGCCUCAAUAUGCUGGGACCAGCAGACGUAAUAUACAAAAGCUUCGAGUACUGUGAAACAAAGAUUACGAACGUGGAUCUUUGGAUAUCUACAAAGAAGUACAACAGAACUACCAACCUUCUUGACAUUACUUUAAUAACGCCGUGGAAAAUUGACAACGACUUGAUUUUAGAAGUGACGGCUGAAGUAAAGAAAGAUGGCGGGUACAAACCGGGACAAUUUCACAUGAAAGAUCCGUUUUGCAAAGUGUGUAGUACAAUUUUAGGCGACGUUUUUACACAAUUUCUUCAGGCCGCGGGGAAAGACGAUUGUCCUGUAGCAGAUGGAAAAUACGACAUAAAGGACUUCUACUUGGACAACGAAAAGAUGACGGUGCCGCAGCUGUACGGGGAUUACAGGGCGCAUUUGCAGUUCUACAGGGGCGAGGAGCUGAAGGGGUGCUACUACUUAUUCGUGGACAUGGUGCCUAAGAAAGAAUCAAUCAUUACAUCAAACUACUGA